UUUUCCUUUUUGUUCGGCUGGCAAUAAUUCUGUUCCAGUUUUCGAUAGGUUCGGGUAGCGGUGGUUCGCUCGUGUGCUUAUCGUUAAAAUUUUAAGGUAUUCCAACAAAAAAGACGCAAAACAGUGUUCAUUAUUUGUAAUUUAGCCGUGAAUCGAUGUUGUUUCUUGUGAAUACUAGGAAAGUGCAGUAAAAUUAGUGUUUUAUUCUGGUCUUGAUGUAGUUUGACGUAGGUAGUUGACAUAUCAUUUCGCAAGUAGUCUCACGGAGGUGGUUUAUUUGUGUACAAUCUGUUUCUGUGGUAGAUAUCCGCACGGAUUUUAGUGAUUGGUGAUAAGUGUGGUUUGUGUUAUAAUCGAAGGAUCGAGUUUCCCUGGUGUUGUAAAUGAGUAGUGCGUGAUGUGAAGGUGGUGAAGUUAAUCCAGUUAGCGCGUUACGUGUGGUGAGGUACUGGUGUUUGUUUGCGGUUCCUGCGCCGUGAGAGCCAUGCUGGCUCGUUUGUCCCGCUGCGACGUUGAUGCACGACCGGGGGCGAAGCGGGUCGCGCCGCACAUUAGUUUUACUUCAUAAUGGCGAGUGCAGUAACGCGGCAGUUCAGUAUCGCCGCUCAAGAUGUUGCGUCCGGAGUCACCCCUCGCUGACCAUCGCAGCCUCCUGCCGCGCCGCCUGCUGCCCGCCAAGGCACAGAUCGCGCCAGCGGACAAGCGGAAGAACAGAAGAUCUCUAGAACUCAACCCACCCUCAAACGAUCAUACUCCCUACGACUAUUCGAAGCUGCUCAUAUCGAAAACGACCGACUCUUUAAACACAGAAUGCCCACGCAAAUUGAUAAACAAACAAGACUCGACUGAUAGCUUAAAACGUGCACUGCUAUCUAAAGACGAUAAGAGAUCCAGCAAAGAGCAAGACAAGAAGGGUCAGAUCUCAAAACAAGACUCGAGUGAGAGUUUGAAAAAGGCUUUGCUUUGUCGACAGGACUCUAAUGAGAGUGUGAAAAGAAAAGAUGCUGAGGCGAAGAGGGUUCAGAAAGAUGAAACGAAGAGGGUUAAUGAGAUUAAAAGAGGAAGUGAUAAGAAGGGGUUGUUGGAGACGGAUAUAGAUGAGCCUUUGAAGAGGAUUUACGAGAGGCGGACGGGUUGUGCUCGGCCGACGUUGCCUCCCGUUGCCGAGAAGUCAGCGCCAGCUCCGAACACUCCGAAUGGCAGCCCGAACACGCCGAGCGUGGCGGCCGUGGCUGAGGGGCUCGCGCGGUGGGGCAGCGGCCUGCUGUCCCCGCGCGAGGAGCCCCGGCUGAAGGCUGCCCGGAGCUGGUACGGCUACGGCACGCUCUCAACAGACAGCGAUAAGAUGGGAGCAGGCGCGACUGGGCCUGGCGGGCGAAGGGCCCUGGAGCUGAUCCUCAGCGGGGGACUCAAGUCCUUGGCAAGGCCCGCGAAGCCGGUCCGCAGGGCAGCUUCCAGGGACUCGGUGCUGUCGCAGCCGCAACCUUUGCUGGAAGGUCUUCGGAAAUGCUCGACGGUCCUCGCACUGACUGACCGAGAGAAGUCCUCGGAGCCGAUUCGAGCUCACAAUAGACUGCGCGCGCCCUCCGUCUGCUCCCGUUGUUCUUCGCUGCUGUCUCUCGCCGGCGCUGGUGGCUCCAGGUAUUCCCUGGACGGCGCUGGUGGUGGCUUCGUGCCGGCUGCCCCCAUCAACUGCAAGCUCUGCUUAGAGGACGCCACGGCUGAUAAAGUGACCCUCAUCUCCGGCUGCGGGUGUUCCUUCUGCACCAAGUGUAUGAAAGCGUACGUUGAGUUCGAAGUGUGCAAUGGUGCAUACGAGGUCUCCUGUCCCGAUGCACGAUGCAGGGUUGGUGCAGCUCUCAACUUGGAGGAGAUUUCAGACCUCGUGGAGCCUGCAGUUAUGGAGAAACAUCUGAAAUUCCGCCUUAAUCAUGAGGUGGCGAUGGAUUCGGGGCGCGCGUUCUGCCCACGCGUGGGCUGCGACACGGUGGUGCACGUGCGUGCCGCCAGUCCUGCCCACUGCCCCACCUGCCGGCAUGACUUCUGUUCGCAGUGCAACCAGGAGUGGCACGGCGGCUUAUCCUGCGAGGCAGCGGCCGCGUCUUCAUCCAUGGGUGGCGCGGGCGCACCGCUCCUCCCGGACUCGGAGCUCAUCAAGCUCUGCCCGAUGUGCCGCGUGCCCAUAGAGAAGGACGAAGGCUGUGCGCAGAUGAUGUGUAAGAGAUGCAAGCAUGUCUUCUGCUGGUACUGUUUGGCGUCACUUGAUGACGAUUUUCUGUUACGCCACUACGACAAAGGGCCGUGCAAGAACAAACUGGGACACUCACGCGCAUCGGUCUUAUGGCAUCGUGCACAGGUGGUAGGCAUAUUCGCUGGCUUCGGACUUCUACUACUGGUGGCCAGCCCGCUGCUGUUGCUCGCCGCGCCAUGCAUCGUUUGUUGCAAGUGCAGACUCUGCAACCCGAACCACAAGAAUCUCGAGGAGGUAGACGAAAUCGACAGCAUCAGUCCGACACGAGACGACGACGGCGACGACACGCGGCCGACACGAUAUCUGUCGGACUGACGGCGCCGUGACGCCCGGUACUAAGCGCGGGAUUCAACACUUACAUGGAAAUAGCAACCGUUUUGUUAAUCGGUUUUGAAAUGCUGGGAAUUAGUUUUCACAUACAUUCUGACCGGUUUAAGUAUACUGUAGAAAAAUGGGAAGUUAACUACAGUCCUCAAUAGAUAACUUUGUCCGUCUGAAUUCAGCCACAGGUUCAUGCGUUCAUUAUUAGUGGCCAAUAUACGGGAAACUUAUUUGAUAAGAACUUUUAACAAUCGCAAAUGCGUAUACAAACUUGCUCCGUUCUAGCCAGGGCCGGUUUAGGCCAGCGUGGGGCCCCGAGCAAAGUCGGAUUGUAGAGUUAAAGAACUAAACGUCUUACUAGACGAUCGAGGAUGAACAGUGAAUAAAGUUAGGUUGACAGUGCGGGGGCCAUUUUAGCAAAUGUUGGUAUUUUUAUUGGGAUAAUCCGACCCUGGUUCUACCCGGUUAUAAAUGAGAUAAAACUCAUAUUUUCAUAAACUGAACUAAAGUGUUUCACAAGUGACAGAUAAGCAUCUCAAUUGACAUGUCGGCGAAUAUUCAAAAUGGAUGCUCCGUACAUUAGAUUCCAAGAGCAACUUUCAGGUAAUGGUUAAGAUUCUUGUCAUAUUGGAAUUCUGGUUUCCUAUACACAGGCAGGAAAUAAAUAAUAUUUUGACUUUUAAAUCUGAUGUCAGUGAUCUUGUACAGUAAUACAUGUCGAUAUAUUGUGAUGAUAACGGAUAUCGAUAAUUGUAUCGAUACUUAAAUCAUUUGGAACAGGUGUUAGCCUCAUUUAUGGCUUGUAAUAAAUUAUUAAAUUAUUGAUUAGCGAUUCAAUUGACGAGAUAUUUCAUAAUUAUUCGUUUAUCAGUGUAUAGUAGAAUUAAAUAAUCACUUAAGGCAGAUUUCAAUAACAUACUUAUCUAUUUAUUUGCUUACUAGAAUUAGGAACUAGAUAUUAUCAUGUAAAAUUUAUAUCUCUAGUUAGCAAAACGAUAGCUAGGUUAUUGAAAUCCGCGAUGAGACAGCAACUUUGAUGUUAUUAUGAAAACUUCUUGAAAAUGGAAACCAAGUUUACUCAAGAUUUAUGUACAGUGACUUCAAGAUAGAUAGAUGUGUAAUAUUGACGAUUUUAAAUGAUAAUAAUUCAUUGAGAAGACUACGUGAAUCAUGUUGAAUUGUGUCGUGACGAAAUAUAAUGUUUAAAAAGUUCAUCAAUACUCUUUAGUAGAAGUUUGUUUAUAUAAAAUGGUGUUAUAUAAGAACACUGUUUUAUACGAAUUAUGGAUACUUUACUCAUUGGCCAAAAAGGUCUCAGGAUUAUUUCGGUCACGAUUUUUUGACCGAAUUUCAGAAAGGUAUGUGGACAUUUUACAACUCCUGACAAAGAAUUUUUUUUCGACGGAUCGUUGAUAUAUUAAUAAUUUUAUUAUUGUACAAACAAACUAGUUUUAUGAUACUGAACUUUUGUUUUUUUUGGUGUUGACUGAGACUUAAAGUAAGCGAUAGACUGACGAGUGAGAGUGAUUGUGAAAUUGAAGAAAAAUAUUAAAUAUUUAUUUCAGUUUUUUUUUAUUAGUAAAAAAAUUAGGGACUUCUUUUUUCAAAAUAUUCUAUGAGAUAAUUUACCUACCAAACUAGAAAAGGAGUAAUUUCGACAACUGAAAAAGUUUUGGGCUAUUUAGAAAUACCUAAUGUAGAACACCGAAGUAUAAAGUGACUCAUAGUCAUCAUGUCAAAUUAAAAUUUUGUAGACCAUAGACCAACCAACCGACAGAUAAACCACUAAUUUCUAUAUAGACUCUAAUCAUCCUUGAAAGUUACUUAUGUAGUACAAAAAUAUUAACGUAUUUUAUACUAUCGUAAGUCCUUUAUUUGAGAACAAGGUAACAGUACUUAUUUCAGUUACUUUUAUUAAGCGACCAUAUUGUUAUUAUCAUCUAAGAGAGAUCACGUUUGUUCUUCUUUUUUUUUUUAAUUAAUUAGUUUAUCCAUCUUCAAAAAUAUUCAGCUUUUACUUAGACAAAGUUUCUUCAUAAAUGGGUAAAUACAGAGCAUGGAUUAGGUCCGCAAAGGUCAGAAAUUGAUAGAUGGCACAUGGAUUAUUUCGCUCCUUAUACUUUAUUUUUUAGUAGAAGGUGUAUUUCAUUUCAAUGUACAGAUUUUUAAUGAUACUUAAAACUAGCCACAUGAAGUUCUCGUACAAAAACAACUCUCUCAGUAAAUUCGAAAUAAAAUAAUAUGUAUACCUUUAUAUUUAUAUAGUUCAUAAAUAUUAUGUGAUUAUAAAUAAAAUAUUGUUAGUGUUAGGUUUAUAAUGCAAUACAAAUAUUAAAUCAAUAAAAAACGGAGAAAAUGUUGAGAGUAAGUGUAACUGCAAUGCAGUGUGUCUAAGUAUGAAAAGCCUAUAGUUGCAGUUAUUUGCUAUCUCGAAUGAUGGCCGGUAACAAAUAGCUCUUUACACAGUGGCCGAUGUUUGCGCAUUUUUACUUAAUAUUCAUUAAUUACAAGCAGUGGAAGAUCUAUACUUUAUUAGAUCUGUGGUCGGAAGGCACUUUCGUGCCAUUAUUUAGAGCCUCAAUAUGCACACUGCUCCCCGUGACGACGGGACCUUAACAUUAACUUAUUAUAGUACAUUAAAUAUUUAUGACUUUAUUGUAAAUAAGAAAAUAAUAUUGUACUUAAUUUUAUAGUUCGAGGAUCGAUGAUGUCGUUCUUUCAUCUGUAUUGUAAUUAUAUUGUCAACACCGUUCUGUGGGUGUUUUCCUUAGUAUGUGUAAAAUAUCUCUGUAAUAUAAACUGUAUGGCAUUACUGCCAUUUUUUGUACACUCAGUAACAUAAGUUGGUUAACAAGCAAGCGUUUCAACAUUUCAUGUAAAUUUAAACCAACAUGAUGUGUUAUUUAUUAAUAAGUUAAUAACUGUUGACCAACUCGUGUAGCUAACUGUACUAUGGAUGUAUGUAUUUUUCUAACUGAUAUUGAGACUCCAUCGGUCCUUUGUAGCUUGUGGUAGCAAGCUAGUAAAAGCAUUUGUAGAAUUAAUCAAAAAUUGUCAGUAGGUGAAUAGAUGUGAUAAGCGACGUGGAUAUUUUACACUUGUAACACUAUCGUGCCCUCGUUUAUUUAGUAAAAAUAUAUAUUUAAAUGAUGUAAUUUUUCUUAUAAAAAACUGAAAAAUGCGAAAAGUUUUGCUUGUUGGAUAUGUAAAUAAAAUAUGUUGCAAGUGUAUAAUAAUCCUAAUGUGUAUCAUUAAGUUGAUUGUAAAAUGAAUUGUCUAUCUAUGGUAUUGAAAGACUUUCGUUUUAAUUAAUUACUGUCUUAUUGUUUCUGGUAGGUGCAAAUAUAGUUUUAGGAUUUUGGUAGUGAUAUCGGCUGGUCAAAAGAUUGAAUACACAAAUAGUAUACAAUAUUUGCAUUUACCAUUUAUUGAUAAAAAUAUGGCAUAUUGUAAAUAAAAAAAAGAAUUCUAUUUUUUUUGUUAUUAAUUGUACUUCUUUAUUUUUGUGUUGAGACAAGACGACGUAUUUCCGUUACUAUAGUUAUAAAGAAAUAAUAAAGAUUUUUCUGAUAAAUCUUCA